AUGGCCUCGCGACCGACCGUCACCAUCAUCGGGAAGGAUGGUACUCCCUCGGGAGCCACCCACACCAUGCCUUCCGUCUUCAGCGCUCCGAUUCGACCUGAUAUCGUUCAGCAAGUCCACACUGGAAUGGCCAAGAACAAGCGCCAGCCGUACGCCGUGAGCGAGAAGGCCGGUCACCAGACCUCUGCUGAGUCUUGGGGAACUGGUCGUGCCGUCGCCCGUAUUCCUCGUGUCUCCGGUGGUGGUACUCACCGUGCUGGUCAGGCUGCCUUCGGUAACAUGUGCAGAUCCGGUCGCAUGUUCGCCCCUACCAAGAUUUGGCGCAAGUGGCACAUCAAGAUCAACCAGGGUCAGAAGCGAUUCGCUACUGCCUCUGCUCUGGCUGCUUCUGCGGUCACUCCCCUUCUGCUCGCUCGUGGCCACCAGGUCUCUGCCGUGCCCGAGGUUCCCCUGGUCAUCGACUCCGCCAUCUUCGAGAACGGUGCCGUUGCCAAGACCAGCGCUGCCUUCGCCGUCCUGAACGCCGCUGGUGCUGGCGUUGAUGUCGAGAAGGCCAAGAAGUCAAAGAAGCUCCGCGCUGGAAAGGGUAAGAUGCGUGGCCGCCGCCACCGCCAACGCCGUGGACCUCUGGUCAUCUACGACCCGGUUGUCGAUGGUCGUGAGUUGGUCAAGGGAUUCCGCAACCUUCCCGGCUGCGAGACCUGCGACGUCUACGCCCUGAACCUCCUCCAGCUCGCCCCCGGUGGCCACCUCGGUCGCUUCAUCGUCUGGACCUCGGCUGCAUUCAAGGCUCUCGACAGCAUUUACGGCACCACCACCAAGCCUUCCGACCUCAAGAAGGACUUCCUUCUGCCUUCCAACGUUGUGUCCCAGGCUGAUCUUGGCCGUCUGAUCAACAGCUCCGAAAUCCAGAGCGUCCUGAACGCACCCAAGGGCUCUGCCCUGACCAAGCGUGCUGGUGUGCAGAAGAAGAACCCUCUUGUCAACAAGCAGGUCAUGCUCCGUCUAAACCCGUACCACUCUACAUUUGUCAAGGACAAGGUUGGCCAGCAAAAGGCCGAGCCUGGCAAGCCCAAGCCAACUCCGGCUAGCUUCUUGGAGGUUGUGCACGAGGAUUAG